ACCGUCACUGGUCAAAACCCAUUCAUGGUGUACUUAUUUAUAAAUAAAAACCUAGACUAACUGUCAGUUUUGUUGAAGUUAAAACAACGAAAAUGUCUGUCUCUAGGCACUUGGACGUGUGACUAAAUAAAGGCUUGUUUAUAAUACAAGUUGUUUUUAUUUUUAAUUUAUCAAAUGAAGGUAUAUACGAAAUUAAAACUUCGUACAAAUUGUAUUUACUUUUUAUAUGUGUGAUUUUCAACUAUUUUUAGCUAUUGUGAAGAACGAAUAAAUAUGAUUAAAGAGGUUUAUAGGAUAUUGAUAUUGUUUUACGUUUUUGGUGAUGGAUAUUGUUUACAAUCAUAUUAUAUGCACGGCCUCUGCGGCUCUACAAUAAACGUUACAUCUGGACAACUUGAAUUCAAUAACGCCAAGUUACCAGCUGACGUCAUAUCCUGCCAGGUUACCUUGGUUACUACAUCCAGCAGUAACCGUCUUCACUCAGCAAAACAUAGUAUAAUGUUUUAUUUCUCAAACUAUUUCUUGCCAAAUGAAUGUAGGUUUAUCAACAUAAGUUUGUUUGACGAAUGUGCGAACUCUACGAAAUCCAUUUCAGAUAAAUAAUAAAUAAUAAUAACAAUUAUAAUGAUGAUGAUAGUGAUGGUGACAUGAAUGAUGUUUUUAUGUAGACGAUGAUGACAAACAAAAUAUAAUGAUGAUUAUGAUUAUCAUAACGACAAUCAUGAUGAUGGCGAUGAUAAAAAACAAUAAAUCUUUCAAUUCCUUUAAUAUUUUCUCCUAGGUGUUUCUGACAUUUUAUGUGGUCGUAAUCUUGUUCUUACAAAUAGAGAUGACUGUCUGUUUAUGACGGAAGGCAGUGUCAUGAAAAUCUCAUUUACACGCUCAAAACAAGAAAAACAGCAUCCAGCAAACUUCACCCUGAUUUAUUCCAGUUUUCAUGGAGGUGCCUGUGAAGGUCCAGAAGGUGUUGGUUGUUCUAUUAGAAAUUCAUCGAAAUUAAAAGACGCUUGUUUCGACAGUGAAUAUAUAUGCAAGCGUUUCAAUGAUGUCGUCUGCUCUGUGCAACAUAAACCUGGGAAAUCUAGCAAAAUCAUACAAUAUUUAUUGUGUGGUUUACUUGGGAUAGCAGUAUUAUUUGCUCUAAAGUUUUUCUACCAUCAGUAUAAGAAAGGAGAAGACGCAGAAGAGGAAGACGUCAUAGGUGGAACCUGUCAGCAAAAUAUCAAAACACGACUUACUCAAAUAUUACAUUUGCAGAAUGUUCAGACUUCAGAAAGAAUAGAUACAACAGAUUUAGAACUUUCUUCUUCUACUCCAUCUAUCGCAGAUAUAAAUUAUUAUAUGAACGAUAACCAAGGAACACACACAGAUAUAUCCAGUCUUGAGUUUGAAACUGGUCCUCCAGUACGACCGUCAGCACCUGUACUGGAACAGUGUGAUACUCUAGCACCGCCUUAUGAAGAAACGCCAGUUCCAUCGUACUCUGAAGUCAUGUCACAUCAGGAUAAAUAUAUUGUACAUUAAAUUUAAAUUGUUAAUUUACCGUAAGAUCAUGAGAUCAACUAUGUUAUCGCUUAACAUCAAUAUAAUUAUUUUAUUUAUCAAUUCGUUGACAUUAAAUGUAUUUUGUUUGAAAUUCAACAUGUAUAUAGUUCAUUGGAAAAAUAUUUAAACUAAAUAAAAAACAAAACGAUGAUAGGGCUUAUAAGUGAGUCAAACACUCAUACAGUGGUGUAUUAAUUAUUCCCUCGAUCUACGUAGUCAUAUUAAAUGAAUAAAACACAACCCAGCCUAUUUUUCAAUAUCAAAUUGUUAUUUGUAACUGAAGCACUUGCACGGGGGAGGAAGUGU